CUUUCACUGUUUCACUAUACGAAUACCCAAAAACUAUACCUACUCUUUGGGAUACCGUCAAAGAAUUUAUUGAAAAAUAUCCACAAUACAUUGAAAAAGAUAAUCUAAUGGAUUUUAUAUCAGAUGAUGACGGCGAAACGUAUAAUUUGUAUGUUUUCUAG